AUGAAGAACGGGAAUGGGCAAGAAACAGAGCCCUCUGAGCCCUCCGAGCCCUCCGAGCCACAAAGUGCCCCUGCAAUUUUAAGUGGACCCUCGACCGAUUUAGCUUCCGCGGGGAGGACGAAUAGAGCUCAAACAACGGUCGGAGAUGCUCAACUGGCCAAAAUUGCAAUUCCGCGCCAGAAUACAGACGCAAUCCCGCGAUACAGUCGCAGGGUGCCCCGGGCAUGUGAGGCUUGUCGACGCCGGAAGUCGAAAUGCAGUGGUGACACACCUCUCUGCCGCCAAUGCCGAGAACUGGGGCUCAUUUGUUAUUAUCCGGUGGGAUGGCGAGAAAAAAUGACAAGGGAGAUUCAAAGACUCUCAGCAGCAGUGCAAGAAUAUGAGAGCUUGCUACACGACUUGCGGAAUGCCACCGAGUCUCGCACCAGUGGCUGGGUGAAGGCUUUAUUGGAUAAGCAUGGCCAGAAUACAACCCCCUUCGAAUACCCGCAGUCUCUUUUAUCGACAUCACAGAAUACGGUUGAAUCCGACAAACCAUCCUCACCACUGUCCAUCGGGUCCCUGGAAGCCAUUGAUCGAGUGGAUGAGGACUUAAACCGGACGACUCGCACUCGCGCAACCGGCUUUAUUGGAAAAUCCUCGGAAAUUUCAUGGAUGAAGAGGCUUCAGAAGGAAAUCAACCGACGAUCUGGAAGAAGUCGAACAGAUGCCUCGGGCCCUGGCAAAAAGGAACCGACAAAGGAUCGAGUCUCUCUUCAUACCCUGAACUACCGCCUCGAUGACCUCGAUAUUUGUGUGCCGGAGGCGAUACAGCUCUACACCCUACCGUCUAAGCCGCUUGCCAAUCAGCUCCUUGACGACUACCUAGAAACGGUUCACCCUUUCUUUCCCAUCAUCAGCAAGUCCAUCUUUCGUCUCCAGUACGAAGGGUUGUUCGAUCACUCGAACCGGCCGAAUGAUAAGUGGCUUGCGAUCCUGAAUAUAAUAUUUGCAAUAUCCGCCAGGCAUGCGCAUCUGAUUAAGGCCCCGUGGCGUGGCGAUGAGAAUGAUCAUUUGGUAUACCUGACCCGGGGUCGCCGGUUAAGUAUGAACGGCGAAAUCUUGUUCAGCCACCCUGAUCUGCAGCAAGUUCAAGUUGAGGGCUUAAUUGCUUUCUAUCUAGCUGCGUCAGAUCAAAUCAAUCGUGCGUGGCGAAUCCAAGCUUUGGCUCUGCGUUCGGCCAUCACACUCGGCCUCAAUCUCAGAGCCGCAAACCCGAAAAACUCCAGCAUUGCUAAAGAAACACGUUAUAGAGUAUGGUGGUCUUUGUACACUUUUGAGCAUUUGUUGGGCGUGAUGACCGGUCGGGCAAUCUAUACUCUCGACGGCGGUUACUCUACUCCUCUCCCGCUCCCCUUUGAAGAGCACCAAUUACAAGAUGAUCCAACGGCCAUAGAGGUUCUCAAUAACGAUACAUUGAGGGAAGAGCGAAUCAGUGAGGUGAUGGCGAGCUCAUGGAUCAGCGCUCUAGACGAAACCCAGAAAUCCCGGCCACGGGAUCAAACUUGGUUGAAAGGCUUGCCGGCGAAUAUGGGGCUAUGUUAUCUCUACUACUGUGAUCUGGCAGUAGUCACGCAAGAAAUUGUGAACAAGGUCUAUUCAACCAACGCUGUGGCGCUUGCGUGGCCGGAGAUUGAAAGCCGGCUUGAUGAACUCAGAGCUCGAAUCAAUAUCUGGAAAUCGGGCCUGCCCGCCGCAUUUGACUUUGAAAAAGAGCCGACUGACGACAGCCCUGAGCAGCUUCGAUGCAGAUUAGUUCUGGCGUUUCACUACUAUAGCGCGCGGAUGAUCCUCGGCCGCCCUUGCUUUUGUCGGCGGGAUGCACGCCAGAGUGACUCUCCUUGGACAUAUGGUUAUACGAUGGCCAUUUUCACUUUGGAAUCAGCUACCUGCAUGCUUGAUCUGAUUCCGAAUGAUCCAAACGUCUUUCAGCUUUACCACUUAUGUCCGUGGUGGGGUGUACUGCGCUAUCUCAUGCAGGCCGCCACCAUCAUUCUCCUUGAGCUUUCAUUUGGCUGCGUCCACGCGCCGGAAGACGAGGACAACCUCGUUAGACUAUCAAAGAAAUCCAUCCGCUGGCUUUUUGCAAUGGCGGACCGCAGUGUUGGCUCGCGUCGGGCAUGGCAACUGUGCAACUCCAGCUUCCGAAACCUGGCCAACAAAUUGAACUAUAACACCGACGAUAUACCUUUUUCGUCACCCCAACCUGAAAACUUGGUGACCGACGCGACGUCUGGAUUUCAUUCCAGGUCCGACCAAGUGGCUUCAUAUGCCCCCAGCGACUAUCAUGACCCGCGGUCGGAAGACUUGAUGGAUUCCUUUCGACCGGAUACUUUUGGACCAGUCCCAGAAACUGGUUUUUACACGACAUACCUCAAUUUCCCGACUCCUGAUUUGACGACUUCACUGCAACUCCCAUCUGAAACAGAUGAUUCAUAUUUUCCUUAUGAUUCCCUCAGCGAAGAACUUAUGCGCUCUUUCUUGCCUUCCUUCGAUGGGGACGGUAGGGAACGAGGCUGA